AUGAACGACUGUUUUAAUUUACUAAAACUUUCUUCUUAUUUCUUUUCAGUGUACGUCUGUUUCAUCAUGACAUUCAAUGGAACAUCCUUCCUAGUGAUCAUGUCCUGCUAUUUAAAGAUGUACUGUGACAUCCGGGACUCUCAGGCCUGGAACUCCCCGGAUGUACGCGUGGCCAAGCGAAUGUCACUUCUUAUCUUCACCGACUUUCUCUGUUGGAUGCCAAUUACUAUCUUAUCUCUGACGGCCAUGUUUGGCAAGGAAUUAAUCUCCUUAGAAGAGGCAAAAUUUUUCACGAUUUUCGUUUUACCCCUUAACAGCUGUGCCAAUCCUUUUUUAUACGCCAUUUUCACAAAACAGUUCAAGAGAGACUGCGCCAAUUUUUGUCGUCGCCUCGAAGAGUCGACCAUUAAUCAGGGCUACGGCCGCCAUGGAAACCGCCAUCAGCCAGCUUCGUGGGGGUCGGGUCGUUUGGCAUCGUUGAUGAAGCUUUUCUGGCUGGAGAAACGUCCAGACAGCGAGCAUGUCGCUAGCAGCAAAUUCAGUCUUAAUGUUAAAGACAACAGCUAUGAGAGUUUAACAAAGAAAUGCUUCUGUCCCAUCUGUGAGGAAUGUCUUAAACUGUAUUCCGGCGACGAUGAAAAAACUCCAGCGGACAUUCAUUCGGGCAAACAAACAGCACCCGAUAUCGUGCUGAAUGGACGAAAGGCGGACAGCAUUGAGCAGAUACUGUGCCGUUACAAAGAUACAUCCGGCUCCUGCCAGUCAGAAGCUGAGAUUAGCGGAAACGGAAAUACGGGAGCGUGUUCAAUUGAAGACGAACGCCUGAUAAACCGCGUUCACAUUUUCCAACAGCCUUGCUCUCGCUCGGACGAAUCUAAUACAGUGAUGAUACCUCUUGAAAUACUGCAUACUACUUCUGAAAUCCCGAGUACGAGCCAGGGAACUUAUGAUGAUUUCUUACCAACAGGGAUUUGUACAGGAAGCGGCUGCGCAGGUGUCACAGCUGGAGUAAACGGCGCAGCGAGCAACGGAAGUUGCAGUAGCAGCAGCGGCGGCGGUAGCAGCAAUGGUGGCUGUAGUUCAGUUUCCAAAUCAGCAACCGAGUCGCAGUAUGCGGCGUUUUGUAGUAGUAGCAAUGGAGGGGCUAAUGGUAAUAAUGCCGGGGUCACAACUUCAGGUGGGGAGAAUAAUGAUGUGUGCCAAACUCGUUUAUUGACAAUGUUUCGAGAUCUUAAGAGCCAGAAACGUGGGAUGAACAACGACUCUUACAAAAUGAAUCCUCGCCGGGGUUGCCCGCAGUCAUGUUAUCACACAGUAUAUUCCCCAAAAUGGGCACCGGCACACCAGCGUCUCAAGGGUAAAUCUGGAUUGUCUAUUGUACCAGAAGAGGAGAAACAAGAAAAUUUUAUUCCUAGGGUCAAGAUAACUGAAGCAGACGACAACGACAUCCCACCGGAUGAAGUUGCAGCCGCUUCAGCAUCAGGAAGUCCAAUGACACUACCAAAAAAAGUCCUACCGUCUUUGACUCAACGUCAAGGCGGCUAUAGACUUCUAUCCACAACACCGGACGUGUCCUGUUCGGAUAGCAACAAACCGGAAGACUCGGCAGUCGCCAUGAUAUCGGUCUCAAAAAUACAGUUCUCAGACCGAGGCGCAGAAGGUGGAUCUUACGACACCCGGAACGACGAACGAGAAGAUAACGUGAUCGACGACGACAAUACCGAAGAAGGGAAAGUAAAAGAGAAAGAGAAAGAAAAAGAGAAAGCGGAGAGGUCGGAUUUUGGAGACAGUGACACGGAAGAGGUCAAAUCGCCGUCGACUUCUUUGCAGGCUUCACCAAGGUUCAGGGUUAAGUGCAACCAGCGUUCCCUCAGCUUGUCCACUCUGAAAGCGGGUGCGUCCGGUCGCGAGAUAUUGCAUAGUUCAAACAAGCUGCAAUCUUUGCGACCCUAUCAUAGCGCUGAGACUGUAAAGAUUGACAGGGGUCCCAUGCUCACCGCUUCGAGUCUGACUGUCCCCUCGAAAGUGACCAGAAGAAUUCCGUCCUCACGUGAUGUUUCUUCAUCUUGGAAUUCCGUGCAGCAGACCAAUGACCAGUGA